AUGAUGGCGAAUGGAAACAGUGGAAAGAGUCCGUUGGGGAGUUGGAGAGCGCCCUUGAUGCUUCGAUGCGCUUACGACUACGACCUGAAUUCGCUGAUCCUACAGAGAAAAGCAUUCUCGUUGGACAGCAAAAUUUCCAGAUCAAUUGCAAGUUCGGCAAAACAAAAACGCCACGAAGAAAAACUCGCGAUGAAGUUGUCACAGUUUGAGACGUGGCUGAAUGCAAUGGAAGACGAUGUGAACUCGGUGGAGAACAUGCCGCCGAGUGAAGAUCAGUUAUCUCGCCUCUCUCAACUACUAUCCAGUUGUCUCAGUCACCAAAGACUGGUUAGUAAACUGGAACGACUCAAUGUGCAGAAUCGAGACCAUGUGCUGCAACUUUGUCAGAAAUACUACAACAUACUGAGCAGGUUAAGACGCCAUAAUCUGGAAGAGGGCACACUUCCACUUCAUGUCGGCACUCUCGUCCAUGGAGCUCAAACUGAGUCACAGUUGUCGAUCAGUUCCUUGGCUUCAUCUGAUUUCGCGGAUCGCCCAGAAUCUGUGCAGUCAGUAAGCUCAAGUAUUGAUAUUGGCUCAGUUGGUGCUGACAGUGAACUUCCCGUUGAAAGAGCAAUUGGAGAUAUCAGAAGAAAGCUUCACAACAUUAUUAAUUCGUAUAACGAUGGUCCAAAACCUUUGACCACAGCUAUUGCCGAUUACAAUCUUCUUUUGACGUAUCGCGGAGAGCUCAACAAGUUGUUUGACGAUCUUCCGUCUGGGAGCGAUGCGAAAAAUGUGGCAUUGGAAAAUUCUCUCCACCAUUUAUUGGAACAUCUCAAUGAAACUGCGAGCAAAUUGCAAAGUGAGAUUGACGAGGAGGUGUCAAUAUCAGCAAAAGAAAAGGAGAUAGUCGCAGAGCUAAGUAGACUCGAGGAACGAGUAAGAAGUCGUAACGUCAGUGAUCUGAAUGUCAUCUACGACUUGGAUCAGCUGCAGACGCAGAUGGAUCUGUUGCGAAUGAUUAGCAGCAAACCUCGGCAGUUCGUCGAAAGUGAUCUUAUGGAUCGUGGAGGACCAACUUCGAACCGAAGUCGUCAAAAACGCAAAGUGUUGAUGAUGGUCACCAAUACCGUGACCACAAUAAUACAAGUCGUUGAAGAACGUCUCCUAACAAUAGAAGCUCGUUCUCGGGAUCCUGUCGUUCAACAGAAACUCGACCUUGUGAAGACGAAUCUAAAGAAGUUGGAAGAAGAAGCAAUAGGUCCACCUCCCGAGGAAGAAAUCGACAUUCCUACAGCAGGAAAGUCUCAGGAACUGUAUUUGGAGACGGAAAUGCCUGCAAAACUAUCAGAAAUGAGUGUUCCGAGCAGCGAAACUUUUGCAGCAGCUGUGUUCGGAGUUGAGCAAGCGUUGAACAUAGCUGAGGACAUAGAUUUGAAGAGCUGCAACGAUCCUCACGUUCUGUCAGAGUCGCUAAGCAUUCUGGAUAGGCAAAAUGCUGCUAUGGAUGCUCUCUGCGAUACCGCAUCCGAAUUGGCGAAGGCUGGAGACGUACAAUACCUGGACACAAUCUCCACAUUGCAAGAACGUCUUCUAUCUGUGAAGUAUUCUCUUGUUGAUCGCCUAGAAAAACUUCGAUUGGAGAUGCCAGGAUCCAGCAUCACUACCGAAAUAUCUACAAGUGAAGAACCCUCAGUAGCACCAUUUGAUAACUUUGACUCGCUCGUUGAAGAUAUCAGAGCAGCUACGAAUUCUGCUGAAGCGGUUCUGAAUGAUAAAUCCUGUGAUUCUACAAUGCUGCUAAGAGCAAGAGAUGAAUUAAAAAGUCGGGAGCCAGUUUUAUCGAAGCUCAGUGAUAUUGCAUCUGCUAGGGCUCAAUCAGGGGACGCAGGAAGGCAUUGA